GUUACGUCUGCGGUGGUAAACAUAAGCAUCAAAUUUUGUCGAAUGCUACUUUUAUUUGACAUUUUUUUUUAUUACAGAAGUGAAUUAACUUCUUCUAUUUGCUUCGAAUAUUUUUUGAUGAAAUCAUUUUCGUUAAAAUUUAUUACUAAUAUCAAUGUACUGAUAAUUCUGUAUACAACACAUUUUCAGUACUAUACAGAUUUAAAUAAUGUUGGCAGUCAAGGCAAUAAUUACAAACAUAAAAAGUAGAGAUAUUUCUUCCCUUUUAGAAGAUAUUCAGGCUCUUUUAAAAGCUAACAAUGACAGAAUAGCUUGUAUUGAUUUAUGUAUGGUUUUAAAAGCUAUAUAUCAUUCAAUUUCAACCAAUGGAGACACCAAAGAAAACGACAAAUAUUCUUUAAUAUUAACAGUUGUUCCCUGCAUUAAUCUUUGUAUUGAUUACAUAGAAAAUCAUUUUACUUUUGAAGAUGCAGUACAACAUCAGAUUUUACCUGUUUUAUUCCAUAUUGUCAAAUUAUAUAUGAAAUUUGAUUUGUAUUCUCCAGCUUUUGCUUGUAUAGAAUACUUAAUAAAGCUCUUAUCAGAUAAACAAAAAGUUGUUAGUGAUGCAAAAGCUUAUAUUUGCAAUCUAGGAGCAUUAUUCUGGAAUGAAGCUCUGAGAAUUGACAAAAAGAAUGACCAAAUUGAUUUUGAAAUGGGUUUUAAAUUUAGAUCUAUAGCUAUUGAAUUUAUGCUAUUAGAAGAUAAACAUGAAAAGCUUUAUCAAAAAAUUCCACUGACUCUCAUUCGUUAUUGUCACAACAACAAGAAACAUGAUCCAGAUAAUGUCAUUAAAUUUCUUAAAAAUGUGUGGACAAAAUUAUAUUUGCUUAGCAAUGAAAGAGACCACAAAUUAAAUUUAUUUAAAUUUCUUUAUUCUUUAUUUGAAGUAUCUGUAAAAUAUUUCCAAUCUAUAUCAUUUUCAAAAUUUCUGUUUUCUCUUCUUCUGGAACUAUCCGAGAGUUUAGUAAGUGAGAAUCAAGAAAUAUUUUUAAAAAUUUGUAUUGAAAUUGCAAAGUUAUCAAUGCAGUUUUAUUUAGGAGAAGAUAUUACAGUUUCUAAAAAGAUAAUGCUUGAUUUUCAGAAGAUAGCAACAACCCAAAAAAAUUAUGAGUCUUAUGAGUUUACUUUGCUUUCAUAUACCUUUGGUUUUUUCUACUUGUGCUUUACAGAAUUUGUAUAUGUUAUUGAGACAAGCAAUGAAAAUAUCUUAUCAUCAGCACAAAAGAAUAGAAAAUGGUAUGUUAGCUUAGUGAACCAAUAUCUCAGUAUUUCAUCAGAUGAGCAUUUUCAAAAAAAUUUUCCAUUUGGACCAAAGACUGAUCUUAUUAUUUCUAAAUGUUGUGCAAUUUUCUUUGUGACACUUUUAAAGACAGAGCAAGAUGUGAAGAAAAUGCAGGAAAUAAUUAAAGAGGCUCAAUUUUGUGUGCAACUUUCUGUAGCUAAGUUCAAAUCUGCCAAUCUGAAUAAUGAAUUGAAAAAAUUCUUUACUGGUUACUUAAAUGCUGUUACUAAUAUAGGAUUUGCUUUAUACAAAACCGGAUUGUAUUCUGAAAGUAUUUAUUUCUUGGAAGUUAGUUGUGAUGUGUUGUGUCAGUAUAUACCUGCUGAAGAAAUGGAAGAUUUAAAGCCUUCUUUAUGGAAGAAAAAGGAAAUUUUGAUUUAUUGUUAUUUCCUAUCUGGAAGCCACAAAACAGCUCUUCUAUCUAUUGUGAAAAUGAUAUUGAUAUUCGCUGAUAAAAAAAAGGAAUGCCUGGAAUUGUGGAAAAAAGUAAAACGAGAUGCUUUACGAAUGAACGAUUUGGAAUCGACUUCUGUUAUUAUCAAUGAUGUGUUGUCUGAAAUGAAGAUUUCACUGAAUGUGGAAGAAAAAGUUUUUCUAUUAAUGGAAGAAUUGAAGAUUUAUAAGACUGAAAGGUGCUCAUCUGAAGAAGAAAUUGUUAGAGUUGCAGAGAUGCUUUUAAACAUACCAUGCAACAAAUAUGAUCGUGGAUGUGCUAUUCUAGAAAUUUUGACCCUGCCACCAUUAGUAGCUGAAAGAAUUUUUAAAAUUUUGAAUAAAACACUUCUAGAGAUAUGUUUAGAAGGUAUUGAAUUGAUUAAAGAAUAUCAGAUGGAAAAUCCUACAAAUAUGGAAGCAAAGCUGCUGUUAUCAGUCUAUUACUUUUGUCUUUAUUGUUUUAAGUUACAAGAGCUACACAGAUUUGCACAAUCAGAAACUGAAGCAUCUUUGAAAUCUAAGUCUGAAGAUGAAGAAAAUGAAACUUGUGAUAUAAAGCCAACAUUUCCACUUGUUACUUUUUUUGUUGAAGCUGAGGUCAUCAAAAAUUUAGAAAUGGCCCUUGAAACAUGGAUGGGAAUUUCUAGAGAUCUUAAUUCUGAUUGGAAAGAAUUAACUGAGUCUGUUAAUAACUGGAACCUUCUGUCUAUUAUUAAUGCAACUGCAGAAUUGUUUUCUACAUCAGCAUAUGAUUUAUACGAGUUGCGAUCAUGGAUUCUUCUUUGGAAUGUUGCUUCAAGCAUUGAAAAUAAGGAGUAUCAAAUCAGUAGUUCAAUUUCUUUAGCAGAUUUCCUUUUGAAGUGUGGUUAUUCUGAUACAGCAAUUCAGUUGCUCAAGCUAGUUGAAAAUGAUCCUUUUUUAGAUGAAUCUUCUACCAGUCAAGUUUUAUUGGGACUAAAACUUAAAUUGAUAAAAUCCAAGGUUUAUCUACAGAAGGCAAUGUUUGAUGAAGGACUAAUUCUUCUUCUUGACAUUCUUCAAAACCCAGUUUUUGAAAAAAAACUGAAGCAAGUAAAGCUGCUGAAAGUACAAUGUUUAAUGCUUCAAACAGAAUUCCUUUUAGUACCCACCUGUGCCUUCCACAAUGCUCUAAAUUUAAAACAUUUUCAAAUUAACACUUCAAUUUCUUCUGCAAUGGAAUGUGCAACUCUUUCAGCUGGACUUUGGAAAGUUAUGCUUGAUAAACAGAAUUCUGAUUCAAAUAAUGAUUGGAUGCCUUUCAAGACCUUGCUGCUCAGGAAUUUUCUGAAAUCAUAUUUACUUUUAGCUGAACAAUAUUUUGAAAUCGGUGACCCUAGAUUUGCAAGAUGCUAUUUAAAAGAAGGCUUGAAAAUUGCUCAAGAACACAUUUUGACAUUCUGGGCAUCUAAAAUGUUGAUAGUAUUAGCAAAAAUAGACCUACUCUGUCAGAAUCCAAAUGAUUGCCUUGUGAAAUUAGAUGGUUUAAAAUACAUUAUGGAUCAAGAUACAAAGAAAAAUGCAUCAUUGCUUUUCUCAAAAAUUAACUCUAUGGCAAAUGUAUCAGCAUUUGUUGAUGAAUCAAAUGAUUUCAUUAUUGCUAGUGAAAUUAAAUUAAAAUUAAAAAGAGAUAUAAAACAGAAUUAUAUUCAAACUAAUGUACAUGCAUCUCCAAUUUCUACUAAAAUGGAGAAUUUUAAAUUUGAAGUUAAAUUUGAAUCCUAUGCCAAUGGUCAGAUGUUUUCAAUUUUUUUGUUAAAAUUAGAAAUUUGGGCACUUAGUUGUUUGCAUCUGAUUGCAGAAGAUAAAAUUUCAUUUGCCAAAAGUCAAUUAAAAAAACUGCUACAGAGGUGUGAAAUUCUGAAAAAGAAAAACAAAAGUUUUUUGGAGACUUUGACAACUGGAAAAUUUGAUCUACCUGUACCUUCUUUACGAUAUUCUUGCAAAUCUGAAAUAAAAUUGUUAACAUCUGUAUUUCUGGAACUCUCUUUGAUUCAUUUUUCUGAAAAUAAUAUAAAAUGUUCAGAGGAAUACCUCAAGCAUGCUUUUAAUUCAUUAAGUGAUUCUUAUGGUAAAGAAAAGUAUGCUUAUCCUAUUGAUUAUGCUUUAUUAAAUUAUCAUCAAAUUGUAAUGAUUUUAAAAAAGGAUUUGAAAAUUGCAUCAAAUACUUGCUUAGAGUUUAAAAUUUGUCCAUCUGUGCAAAAUAAAUAUGUGUUUCCCAGACGGAUGUUAAAAUCAGAAAAAUCUGCUUUGAAUAUGAACACGCCUACUAAGUGUCCGCAAAUUUCAGUUACUCCAUGUCUGACUAAAAAAAAAUUAUGCCAUGCCCCUUCUAAAAAAGAUAUUUUACCAAGACAUUUAAAAAAAGACAUUGAGAUUACAAAAUCCAUUGGAAUGAAGUCCCUUGUAUUUAGCAGUAGUGAUGAUGAUCCUUUCUCAGAGUUUAAAACUCCCAGUCCACAAAAAACGGCAUUAAAAAAUAUUCGUACUAGAAAGAAACCAGAAAAAUUAGACUGUGGAUAUCUUAAACCCAAAAACUCAGAUAAAAGUAUUAAAGCAUCAUGUGAUAUAUGGAAAUGCCAUACACUUUUUUCGCCAGAUACAUCCAAGGAAAAUAAAGAUCUGUCUUGUGAAGUUAAAUCAAGAAAUGUACGCCAGACUAGACAGAAAAACAAAAAUAUAAUCUCCGAUUCUAAUCAUUUGCAAAUACCUCCUAAUAUAAGAGCUUCCAGACGAGUUAAAACAGCUAAGAGUAAGUUAAAAAAUACAGAAGAUAUUGUAAGCAUUGGAAAUAAUACAUCUGAAUGUCAUGAUUUGGCAUCUGCUACUACUCCGACUGAAAGGAUUUCAAUAGAAUAUAACAGAAGUUCAUCUAAAAAUAGGCUCAAGGAAGAUGGGUCUUUGAGAAGCUUGUCCACUGAUGAUGUCUUUUACUCAGAUUGUCCAGAAGUAAUUUCUAAGAAGGAGAAUGAUUUUUCAACGGCUGAAUUAUCUUUGGAAAAUUCUUAUCCUAUUAUAGAUGAUCUUUGCAAAAGCUUGGAUUCCAUGGAUAUUUCGUCAGAGAAGAAUUUAAGCAUUUCUGUUGAAAGACUAACAGACUGCAUUGAGAAACUGAGAUUCAUCAGAUCACUAGUUGAACAUAUAGCUCCUUAUCCUCUUUAUACAAACAUAUGCAAACUUCUAGCUAUUUUAUUAAUGGCAAAUAAUGAAGCACAGUCCAGAGAUAAAGAUUCUGCAUUUAUGCUCAGUGAAACAUUUUCUUCAACAUUACGCCAAAUUCAUUUAAGUAAUAUUAUCUAUUACAAAAGUAAAUUGAUAAAUGGUGAUAGCAAUUGCAUUUUAGAGACUUUAAGAAGGAAUAAUCAGCCUAUAUGCAUUCAAAUGGACAAUAUUCUGCAAACUAUACCCAGUGAUUAUACAGUUGUUCAAAUCAGUGCUAUACCUGAUGAAGAGUUUAAACUAAAUUCAAAAUUUAGGGCUUCAAAACUCAUUGUUUGUCGCUAUCAACACAAUAUGACACCUAUAGUGAUGUGUAUAAAUAGUUCAUCAGAUGAAAUGUUCAACACUAAGCUGUUCUCCAACUUUGAAAAUAUUUUAUUAGAAAGCACUUUGAUUAUGAAGAAAAAUGAUGAUACAAAAAAGUGGUGGAAAACUCGAAGUACAUUGGAUUCGAAUUUGAAAUCUAUGGUAGAAGAUAUGGAGGAUAAGUGGUUGGGAUGCUGGAAAGGUCUUAUUCUUAGUAAAUGUACAAAUGAAGAUAGAUUACUGCAGUUGAUGAAAAUUUGUGAUUUAUUACCGAAAGUAUCAAUAUCUGCAAAUGAAAAUCUUCUUCUUAUUUUGUUAGAUUCAGCACCAUAUCUCUCAAGGGAACAACUCUCAGCUGCUGUUUGCUAUCUAUGGAAUUGUAACCCACUAGAUGAAGUUUAUUCAAAAGUUUACAAGCGGAUUUUAGAAUUUUCAUCUGAUCUUCCAAUAUCUGGAAGACAUCCAUUGAUUCUCAUCUUAGAUAAAAAUAUACAAGCUCUUCCAUGGGAGAGUUUGCCUUUAUUAAAAGAUGUCCCAGUUUCUCGAAUACCUUCACUGAGUAUUUUAAGUUCUCUGUGUGCAACAUUAACACCACUAUCAUACAAAGAAGUAGAUUGCAACAAUACAUUCUACAUACUUAAUCCAAGUGGCGAUUUAAAAUAUUCUGAGGAAUAUUUUAAACCUGUAUUUGAAAAACAGGUUAAUUGGAAGGGAAUUACUGGUAGAGUUCCUGAUUCACAAGAGUUUUCCUCUGCAUUCAAAUAUCAUGAUUUAUUUGUGUAUUGUGGUCAUGGAAGUGGCAGACAAUACUUAGAAGGCAUUUCGGUCGAUACAAUGAAAUGUCGUGCUGCAACAAUUUUGAUGGGAUGCAGCAGUGGGCGCUUAAAACAAAUAAGCAGGCAGCUGGAGGCAUAUGGAAUUCCAUUAUCUUAUUUAAUGAAUGGAUGCCCAUUUGUAAUUGGGAAUUUAUGGGAUGUCACAGACAAGGAUAUUGAUAGAUUUACAAACAAAUUACUUGAAUUAUUUGUGCCAAAUUAUUGUCAAAAUCAGAAUUCCAUAACAGAAAUUGCAGAUGCAGUUAGACAGGCAAGAAAUGCUUGCAAAAUGAGGUAUUUAGUUGGAGCAGCACCAAUCAUGUAUGGAAUUCCGACUAUGGCCAAAAAUUAGUUUCGUCAUUUUGUAUUAAAACUUGUAAGACUAAGAAAAAUGUCUUUUUUCC